CCUGCGCGCUCUCGCCGCCCGUCCACCUCCACAUGCACACACCCGCGGCGGGAGGAGCGGCAUCUCUCUCGCCGUCCUCAUUUCUCCAAUUUAAUUUCCCCCGGCCUCUCGCUUCUUCCUGACUAUUUUUAUUUUGUUUUUCAUCGUAUUCUUUUCAGUACGAUUCUCCGCCGGGCUGCUCCAGCCGGCCGCCGCUGGGAGAGGCUGCGCUGCGCGCUGGGGGCUCCCCGCGGCUCCUCGCAAGGUUGCUGAUACUGUGGCUGCCAUUUACCCACCACAUCCCAACCAAACACUAACAUUUCAAGAAGCACUUGGAUACGUACAGUUCCUCACCCAAGAUGCCAUUCAAAGCUGGAUUAGAACUGACUGAAUUACAGAAUAUGACUAUCCCUGAAGAUGAUAACAUCAGCAACGAUUCAAAUGAUUUCACAGAGGUGGAAAAUGGCCAGAUAAAUAGCAAGUUUAUUUCGGACCGAGAAAGCAGGAGAAGUCUCACAAAUAGCCACUUGGAAAAGAAGAAAUGUGAUGAAUAUAUUCCAGGUACGACUUCUUUGGGAAUGUCUGUCUUCAACCUCAGCAACGCCAUCAUGGGCAGUGGCAUUUUAGGCCUCGCUUUUGCAUUGGCCAACACAGGAAUCUUCCUUUUUUCGCUGCUUUUGGUUUCUGUGACAUUGCUGUCUAUUUAUUCAAUACAUCUCCUGUUGGUGUGUUCAAAGGAAACAGGCUGCAUGGUAUAUGAAAAGCUUGGUGAGCAGGUUUUUGGUACCCCUGGGAAAAUGAUUGUCUUUGGAUCUACAUCUCUUCAAAAUGUUGGAGCAAUGCUGAGCUAUCUCUUCAUAGUAAAAAAUGAGCUGCCUUCUGCCAUAAAGUUUCUAAUGGGAGAAGAAGAAACUUUUUCGGCAUGGUACGUGGAUGGGCGGAUUCUUGUUGUUGCAGUGACAUUUGGUAUCAUCCUCCCUUUAUGUCUCCUUAAGAACUUAGGGUAUCUUGGCUAUACGAGUGGAUUUUCAUUAAGCUGUAUGGUAUUUUUCCUGAUAGUGGUUAUUUACAAGAAGUUUCAAAUUCCCUGUCUCGAACCGGAGCUAAAUACAACAUCACCUAUCCUAUCAAAUAGCUCAGCACAUGAGCAUAUGUGUAAGCCAAAGUAUGUUAUCUUUAAUUCCAAGACUGUGUAUGCUUUGCCAACCAUCGCUUUUGCAUUUGUGUGCCACCCAUCAGUCCUUCCAAUUUACAGCGAACUUAAAGACCGCUCACAGAAAAAAAUGCAGUUGGUUUCAAAUAUCUCAUUUUUUGCCAUGUUUGUGAUGUACUUUAUGACUGCCAUAUUUGGCUAUUUGACUUUCUAUGAAAAUGUGCAGUCAGAUCUGCUUCACAAGUACCAGAGUAAAGAUGACAUCCUCAUCCUGACGGUGCGCUUGGCUGUGAUUGUUGCAGUUAUACUCACAGUGCCAGUGCUGUUUUUCACUGUGCGUUCGUCAUUAUUUGAGCUGGCAAGAAAAACAAAGUUUGACUUAUGCCGUCAUGUUUUGGUUACUUUUGUUCUUUUGGUUAUCAUCAACCUCUUAGUCAUUUUUAUCCCAACCAUGAAGGAUAUUUUUGGAGUCGUAGGGGUCACUUCUGCCAAUAUGCUGAUUUUCAUUCUUCCUUCAUCAUUGUAUUUAAAAAUUACACAUCAGGAUGGAGGAAAAUUUACUCAGAGGAUUUGGGCUUCCCUUUUCUUGGCACUGGGAAUAAUGUUUUCCCUAGUGAGCAUCCCAUUGGUCAUCUACGACUGGGUACAGUCAGGAGGUAGUACUGAAGGCAGCAACUGAAGUUGACCUUCUGGAAAGGAGACAUGCCUGUUUGCUACACACCAAAAUCGCAACCAUCCAUUCUGUUAUCUAUUCUACCUUUUGUGAGUUAACUCAAAUCAAAUCCAAAUAAUGAUUUUCCAGUACUGAAUAUGCUGUUUUGGGUGUAUUUUCUUGCAGAAAACAGACCCGUUAUCCCAACAGGCAUAUCGUUCUGUCCCACAAUACUGAGUUAUCAGAUCAGCAUAAAUUCUGUAUUGUCUGCAAGACUAUAUAGAGUAUUGCUCAUAGGAAUUCAUCACAAUUUGUUUUUCCACUUCCACCCAUGAACUGCAUUGUUCUGUUAUUAUUCUUAGCCCUUGAACCAUGAGCUCUGCUCCUUUAGAGCAGCAACAUGUGUUAUCAAUUCCAGCUGGAGUGAUUAUCCCAAAUGUCAUCAGUACACUCCCUUUCCCAUUGCGUUUUAACAAAAACUGCUCUCGAAUUGUAUGCAUUGUUUGUUUGUUUGUUUGUUCUGUUGCUGUUUUGUACACCAUUUGCCUCACCAACUAAGUGUAGCAUUCUGGAUAUGGAUACAAAAAGCACCACCAGAGCAUAAAUGAGCGCUGUAUAAACUUAGGUCCUAAAUCUGGUGCUUCUCCUGUAAUGUUGCAGUGGAGGAGCCAGCCUUAGGCUUGGCUCGUUUGUUGCUUUGAGAAGCAGGCGUGUGUGUGUGUGUGUGUUUGUGUUUGCAAAGGGGUACAAGGAGCUGGAGUAGGAUGAUCAUCAUCAGCCACCAUUUCCCUGCUAUCUUUCAGUUUGCGCCUGGCCACCAACAGCCAGGAUGCUCAGCAAUGAGCAUCUGCAAUGAGUACCUGAACCUGAAGAGAAGCAGAUGCUCAGAGAUUUCCAUAGGAAGUUUCUGCAUCAAACUGUUCACUAAUGCCCUGCUCUUCUCAGAAAACAAUGGCAGUCUCCAUUUUUAUCAAAACCUGCACAUUUAAUUAUACCUCAUGCCUUUUGCAUUCUUGGAUUCAUCUGUACACACCUAGGGUGACCCUGUAGAGAUUUGGUCCUCUCGUGUUUCACCCCCCUCCUGCUGAAGUCAGCAGGGUUUCUGACUGCAUUUGGAGCAGGAUCUUACCCUACUGAAGAUUUCACCCACCAGAUUUCUAAUGGAAUUUGAAGUCUGUAAUAUUUCUUUCAAAUAACAUAAACACUUUGCGUUAUUGAAAUGUUUUAUUUACAUUUCACAUCAAUUCUUUAUAACAGUUAUGGAAAAGACAUUAAAUUACUACUAGCAGAAACACUGUAACUUGUAUCUGUUGUCCACAGAGUAUUUGCCUAAUGCCUUAUAGCUGGUGUAGAGAACUACUUGUAGAGAUUCAAAUGCUAAGCAGGUGAUAGUUGACCAUACUCAGCAGACUCAGUGCACUGCCAGCAGCAUAAUUGUGUUCACUUCGUAUCAUUCAUCCUGUGAGCUAAAAAUGUGUCUGAGUUUUGCUCUCAUAAGAUGAAACUGGCUCCUGAAAAAAACUUGAAGGCUGAGGGAGCCCUAGGUCACAUCCAAGGGCUAAGUAAUGCCCUAAGUAAUUUGUAUUUGAGAUGUCAGUGCGCGGCGACCCUCUGGCUCCCACUGUAGCUGUGGGAGGAGCCUGUAGUUAACAGCACUGCCUGUGAAUAAACUGUCAUUACAGCUUGUUGUUUCUAAGGUUAGGGAUGGAGAAUUCAGGGUGUUGGGAUUUCUGUGAGCUACUGAAUUACCUCAGUUCCCCCACUUUGUCCUACAUGGCUUGAAGGCACUGAGUUGAGACCACAGAGGGUCUCAGGACCUUGAGAGUUGGUUUCUAAGGGUAACAUACAGAGAGGUUAGUUUGGGGCCUUACUUGGACUUUAGGCAUUAAUGUGUGGAGAGGUCCUUGGAGCAGCCUGACAGCAGGAAGAAAACUGGAAGUCCCCUCUUCAUCAGGGACCACUUUCAUCAGGUGGGCCCUCAUUCACUGUAGACUACAAGUCCAGGUCCUAGUGAAAGUCUAGAGAGAAGAAUCUGUGCUUGCUAUCUCCUCUCAGCUUGUUCCUUGUGUCUUCCAGCUUGAGAUGUCAUUUGUGGCAUCCCUUUUACAGGCACCCACAAAGGCAGCCACAGCAGGAGGAUGGUUUUAAACUUUGAAUCAGAAAGACAUGUUACUGUGGCUUGUAGAGACAGGACAUGGGGCAGUGGUUUAAAACUAGAAAAGGUCAGAAUUAGAUUGGAAGGAAGUUCUUCAUGAUGAGAAUGGUGAGGCACUGGAACGAGUUACUCAGAGAAGUUGUGGAUGCUCCAUCCCUGGCUUUGUUCAAGAUCAGGCUGGAUGGGGCUUUGAGCAACCUGGCCUAUAGUAGAAGAUAUCCCUGCCCAUGUCAGUGGGGUUGGACCAGAUCAUCUUUAAAGAUCCCUUCCAGCCCAAACCAUUUGAUCAUGCUAUUGUUAGCUUGCUGUAAUCACGUGUCAGGAUUCAAGGCAUCUUAUAAUCUCUCUAGAUUUCAUCCCAAUAAACCUAACUCAGACCUGAGAAUACUGUAUAGUGUUAUCCUCAUUAUGCUCCGAGGCCCUUCUGCUUUCAUUCCCCCUUUAUCCUUCUACUACUGAUCUAUGAGCAGUGAUAUUCUGUGCACUGAGGGGCUGUGAAAGAGGAGAUCCUGGAGUGAUUUUCAAACACCCAGAUAGGAUCUAGAGGUCUGAUCUGCUGCACAGAGUCCCAGCAAGGUCACAACUAUGUUUUCCCUUCUGUCCCUUCCCCAUAUUAUGUAAUCUUGUGUACUACACUUCGACUUGAAGAGCUGUUGGAUGACUGAUUGCUUCUUGCAUCUUCCUGAGUCUCCUCCAUGACAAUCCCUCUCCCCCCUCUUUGUUCUUCAGCCUUCUUCCUUUUCCUGGUUUAUUUGUAUACUGAAGUUUUACUGGAUAAAUAGGGAGAAGAAUGAUCUGGGUGUGUGCACAGAGGGAAAUUACCCAAGGUACAGUACCAUCAAAGCAUAUUUUAGAUACUGAAAGACAGAUACCUGAAAUAUUGAGUCUUCAAGUAGGCUUUAUUUCUGGGUCUGUGGAAAAAAAAAAAAAAAAGAGGGAAUUUUGCUUAGGCUGAUUACUGGCAUCAUAUUUAUAGAUAUUUAUGGAAAGGAAUCAUGUGUUUAUUGAUGUCUGUGGUAAUGAACGUGAAAUAACGUGCUUUUUGUUUUCUCAUCAGGUUUAUACAUUCUUAACAGAAUGCAAUAGACCCUGCUGUAACUGUCAACAUCAGUGAUGGAUGACAAUAUUUGUAUGAGGUUAUCUGUAAAAUGUACUGCUGUUAUUCAGUUCAUUUGGAAUAGUGAACUUGUAGCCAACAAUGUACGAGUCCCACAUUUUAGCUAGGAUUUAAAGAGCACAGUGAAAUGCUGUAGGAGUUUCUCUGUUGUUAAAUUAAUAGGAUCCAGAGUACCCUAUCUGCUUAGUAGGUGGUAGCAUGCUUUCUUUUCAUAGAGAGUUUAUCACUAUCGUGAGCACUGCAAAUUUCAUAGACUGGAUGAAAAAUUGCUCCUAGUAAGUGCAACAAAAUACUUUAAACUUCUCUUUUGCUUAAUAACAACAGCUGAGUGGUGAGAGACAAGGAAGGAGUAAUUAGGAGCAGGGGCUUCUAGUAAGAUCGCAGGAGCUAAUCCUACACUGAAAAGACAGACUUGCUGCCUCUCCUAAUCCACAGCACAUUGCAAAGAAAUUAGUUUUGAGCUUAAACCACCCUUUCAGUUGCAGAAUGCAGCUACUUUUCUCUGGCUGGCAGCAAACAUGCCUAAUAAGUAAAACACAGUGGGUUGUUAUUGGAGAACAGUGUGUUGAAAGUUGAGAUUUCUCUGGGUAAUGCUUGCUCCUGGUCAGAGAGCCAGUGCCAAAUCUGUGCACCAGCACAGGUCUUUAGUAGGGCUCACACAGACCCGAGCAAUGCCCAACCCCUGUGUGGAGCUGGAGGGGGAAGGGCCAGCCCCAUCCUGUGAGGGCAGGGACACCCACCCAUCCUUGAAGGCUGUUGUCCUGAGCUGCAUACAGAUCCAUAGCUUAUGCUCCCCUUGGAACAAGGCAUUUGUGCAAAUGCAGUUCUGAUGUUACAUGGGUUUUGUCUGUACAUCUGCCUUACAAGGCAGAAGCACCACAGGUCUCUCUGAUUCUGAGUAUUAACAAUUGCAAGCAGUGGUAUCUCUAGCUCGUCAUUAAUUUAAUACGUUUCUUUGCUUGAACCUUACAUUAAGGCUAAAGAGCAUCUUGGUCAAAACAAAACUCUUUCCAUGUGGUGUUAUCCCACCUCCAGUCCUAAUGUCUCACCCCGGUGCCUUUAGGAGAGAGGCACAGCAGAAUGUAUUCAGGUCCAUCAGCAGUUCCGUGAGAUGGCUUUAUCUCCUGGUACCAGGCUGCUCGCUUAAACAGCUUGGCAUCAGGAAAGUCCUUAUUUCCUAUAAGGUACACAAAGAAUGUUUUAUUUGUAUCUAAUGUAAGGAUUUCUGUAACAAACUGUGAAAAAAAAAAAAAAAGAAAAGAUAAUGGAUUAUUAAAAAGUACAGGGCUGGAAAGGUCUAGAAUUCACAAAUUGUACACAUGCCUGUGUUUCUGAAGACAAAUCUAUGCAGUUGUGUUUUACUGUAGGAAAUUUCAUUUUUAUGUACAUAUAUAUAUUGUAAAUAAAUAGGAUGCUGUAUAUUUUUGCAGUUGUUUAUCCCCUAUGAUAUAUAAGUGUUGAGAUAGGCUCUGCAUAUUAAGAAUAAUUUUAAUAGAAAUACAAGUGCUUUAGCUUCAGACUUAGCAAAAUCUAUAUCUUUUCCUUUCUUCCAAGAGUUGGCAAUUUAAAUCCUGAACUUGAAAUUAUAAUUACAUUGCUAAUGUAAAAACAGCAAACCAAAAAAAAAAAAAAAAAAAAAAAAGCAAAAACAGAAAA